AUGAUGUCUAUACAGAACGCUCCGAUAAUAAGCAAUCCGGUAAAACGAAGGUACUCGGAUGACGAAAAUACCAAACGGCGGAAGUUGAAUACCGAAGAGAGCGCUGAAGAAGAGGAGAUGUCACAAGACCCCUCAGAUUCGAAUUUUUCUGAUGCGCUUUCUGCACAACUUCAGCUGCCAAAAGGGAAUCCUGAAGCAAUUUCACCAGAGAAACUCAUUCAGCUACUGCGGGUUCUCACUGGGGAGAUUUCUAGACUGGAUAAUAAGGCAAGCGUGAGUUUCGUGCAAGCGAUCCUUAAAAUUGACUGGUUCGAGUAUGAUAGUGACGAAUUCUCUCGGGUCUACUCUACUUUUCUUACUGUAUUGGUGUCUGGUAUACCGAAAUGGUGGAAUGAAGUGGCCAGCAUGCUUAUUGGAGAUUUCUCGCGGCAGGAGGGUCUUGAGGUUCACCAUUUUACAUUGAAAUAUAUUAUUCAUGUGAUCCCGACCUCCACGAACUCCAUUCCAAGCAUUUUAAAAAGGCAGUUUCCUCAUAAGACGGCUGCCAAAAAUGACCUGGUAAAUUAUACGAAGAACCUACUAUAUCUUUUGACAUACUGCGAUCAGAUUCGCCUUGCCGUUUGGCAACUGAUUGUGGAAAACUGCAUUAAAUUGGACGUUGAGCUUCAAAAUGAAAUCGAAGAACUGGACGAUGACGAUUUGGAGGAGGCUUUGAACAGUGACGAUGAAGACGAGGAGCUUGAGUUGGAGCCAGAGAACCUCCACAACGAAUCGAGCGACGAGGAAGAGUUCAUGGACGAAGAGGAGUAUCAUAUUGAUAUCCAGAAAGUCAGCAAUCUGUCAUCCAAGUUGGAUGCUGUCAUGCGCACGCUUAUGGACUCUACAGCUCCACUUUUCAAAGACGAUGUUUCCUCAGGCAUAAGUCUUUUCAAUACCCUGGCCACGCUGUUCAAAUCACACGUCCUGCCUACACAUUACACACGUUGUAUUCAAUACCUGAUGUUCUAUAUUGCUCAGCAACACCCAGAUCUUACAGACUCGUUUUUGGUGAUGUUGAUUGACAUCGUGUUCAACUUGAACGAGAUCGGAUCCAACAGGGUCAAGGCCAUGCAAUACGUCUCUUCAUUUAUUGCAAGAGCAAAGAGUCUUUCGAAGCAACAACUGGUAUUUGUGAUGAAAUACCUGACGUCGUGGUGUUCGGUCUUUGUUGCCGAACGUGAGAAUGAAAUUUCAAAUGGACAAGGAGGAAUGGAAAGAUUCAAGAUUCUUUAUUGUGUUUUCCAAGGACUUCUAUAUAUCUUCUGCUUCCGUCACAAGGACUUGAAGAACGAGAACGAUGAAUGGGAAUUGAAUCUGGAUAAGUUUUUCAAUAAGCUUAUUAUUUCUGGAUUCAAUCCAUUAAAGUACUGCAAUGAGACUGUUGUUUUGAUUUUUGCUCGCCUGGCUCAGCAAGUCGACUUGUGCUACUGUUUUUCGAUCAUCGAGCGCAACAAGAGAGAAAGACUGAAUGGAAUCAAAAACAUGCAAUCUGGAGCUGCUUUCGAAAGCAAGCAGGAGUUCUUGGACCUGGAGGCCUACUUCCCAUUCGAUCCGCUGAUUCUCAAACGAUGCAAAGAGCUUAUCGAGGAGCAGUAUGUGGAAUGGGAGAGCAUUGAUGACAGUGAAAGUGAGUAA